GUCGCAAAAACAUGGUAUGAACUAUGGUCCACUUCUUUGUUGCUAAACUGCGGAUGAUUGAUGGACACGAAGAAGUGAAGUGGCGUUUAGUCUUCAAAUUCAGAAUCCCAAAAGGACCCAAAUACCGUUCAAACAAUCCAACCUCACCCAGGUACACACCCACAGCUCCUCCUUCUCAAUUUUCUCGUGACUGCAAUUUUUCGCUUAUUUUUCAGAUGGCCUCCGUUAUAGCGAGGUUGCCUCCCCACCCAGCUGUGUUUAUCAAUGGAAGACGGCCUCUUUUUGGACUUAGUCCGAUAACUACUCUUCGUACUUUUUCGGAAAAACCAGUUAGUUCAACAAUUGCUGCAAAGGCCACUAGUGAAGGCUCUGAAUCUUCUACCUCGAUUUCUUUUAAAUCUAUACGGAAUGUUUGGGAUAAAUCAGAAGACCGUAUUGCGUUGAUUGGAUUGGGUUUUGCUGGUAUUGUUGGGGUUUGGGCAGCAAUAAAUCUUGUUGCGGCUAUCGACAAACUUCCUAUAGUCCCAAGUACGCUUGAAUUUAUAGGAAUAUUGUUUUCUUCUUGGUUCGUAUAUCGCUACCUCCUGUUCAAACCUGACAGAGAAGAGUUGUUUCGAUCAGUGAAUAAAUCGAUCUCAGAUGUCUUGGGUCAGUAACUCGAAAGGAUUAUGGAUAUGUAAUUUAUGUAAUGUAAUCUCUAUACACCUAUUUGAAGGGAAAUAUUGGUUAUAAAACCCUGCUGUUUGAGCUGUGAUGUUCAUAUGGUAUUGUGCUC